GGUGGGGGUGGGUUCCCCCUUGCAGUCGUACGCACCGGCCUGAGCCAUGAUUGCCCUGGGCCAACACCACAGCUUGGCCUUCACGGACGAGGACUUGGUGGUGGGCUGGGGCGAGAACCACCGGGGCCAGCUGGGGGAUGGGUCCCGGGACGCCACCACGCCCAAGAAGGUCUUUGAGGCUGGCCUGGUGGUUCUUAGCACCGGCAUGCAGCAUAGCUUGGGCAUCACCAGAGAUGGUCAGCUAUUCGCAUGGGGAGGCAACGACUUCGGGCAGCUGGGCGACGGCACGGUGCUGCCGCGCCUGCGGCCGGCGCCCGUGCUGCCGGCGAAGCGGUUCCGGAGCGCGUCCGCAGGCUGGUACCACAGCGUGGGUGUGACCAGUGAUGGGGAAGUCAUGGCCUGGGGCCAGAACAAGCAAGGACAGCUCGGUGACGGCACCCGCGAGACGCGGCUGGUCCCCCAGCUGGUGCCCGGCCUCGUCGGAUCGAACGCCGCUGAUGCGGCGGCGGGGUGGCUGCACAGCUGCGCAGUGCUGGAGGAUGGACAGGCCUGGGCCUGGGGCCAGCUGGUGCAGUGCCUGGAGCCCCUGGAGGUCGGCAGCUUCGGCAGCGGCCAGGCCGCGGCCUGCGGCUACGAGCACAGCCUCUUCCUGACGAAGAGCGGGGAGGUCUUCGCUCUAGGCGGCAACUCCCGGGGCCAGCUGGGGGACGGCACACAGACUGCGCGCCUGGCGCCGGUUCAGGUGCACCUUCCAAAUGUGGCGCCAGUCCAAGCAGUGGCCUCGGGGUAUUCCCACUGUGUGGCCUUGACCAAAGCAGGCGAGGUGCUGACUUGGGGUGGCAACGAGUACGGCCAGCUGGGCGAUGCCUCGGCCGAAGACCGCCCGGUGCCGCAGAAGGUCUUCCAGCAGAACGACAUUGUCGGAGUGGCAGCCGGCUGGCACCACACCGCCUGCUGGGAGUGUGAACGAGGCCUGGCGUGGGUCUGGGGCGCCAACCACUUCAUGCAGGUCGAUGCCACGAAGGAGAACGCGAUGACGCCUCAGCCUGUGAUCCGGGACUUCCCUUUGCUGAUGCAUCCUUCCAGGUUUGCGGUCUCGUUUCAGCAGCUUCGGGACUUCGAUCUGAAAGUGCAGCGUGAUGCGAGGAUCUCCUACCCGGUCAUGACGGUCCGCGAAGUGGUGGAUCAAGUUGUGCGCCCGGCAACUGCGGGACAUCGAAACAGCGGCUACGCGCGGAUUCUCAACAAGGGCAACCCUUUGCUGGGCGAGGCCUUCAUCUCCCACGCCUGGGGCGGCGGCUUCGCCGACUUCACGCAGGCCGUGCUGGAGGUCUUCGAAGCUCGACCCUCGCCGCCCAGCCUUUGGAUGGCCUUCCUGGCGCUCUCGGUGGACGGCCCCGUGCGCCGCGGCUCCGCGGCCUCGGCCCCCUGGGUGGAGGCGCUGAAGCGCGCCACCAGCGUUCUAUUGGUGCGAAAUCCAAGGAGUGAUGUCUACCGGCGCCUUUGGUGCGUUUUCGAGCUGCACAUGGCGUUCCGCAUCGGCCUGGAAACUUCAUUGCGGGUGCACGGGGCCAAUGCGCCUCAGACCUGCCGCGAGGUGAAGAUGACCCAAGCAGAGACCUCGGAGCAAGAGGACCAGGAAUGGAUCCACGAGUACUUCGAGCAGAACCCCGGAUCCUAUGAAGAAGCUGAGCGAGUGGCGAGCCAUGUACAUAGCACCUUCUAUCGCUAACACCAGACCUCCAGUGGCGCCUUUUUGUUCGGUUGAUAUGGGGGGAUGGUUGCGAAAUCCGCUUCUCG